AUGUCCCUCUUCAAGCACCUUACCCGCCAAAACACACCCACCGCAACGCUCCUCACGCGCCACCUCUCCUCCGCCGCCUCCAAACUCCACGACCGUUACACUUUCAAACCGCCGUCCUCUCUCUCCCGGGAACCCCAAAACCCCAAUGUCACCCCCACCAGGCCCAACAAAAAGAAGCCUAAGCCAAAGUACAAGCCACCCUCCUCCCUCGACCGGACCGGCCAGAAACCGGUCCGUUCCGAUUUGCCCUUCGAUUUCCGGUUCAGCUACACGGAGAGUAGCGCCAAGGUGAGGCCCAUCGGGCUCAGGGAGCCCAAGUACUCGCCCUUUGGGCCGGGCCGGCUCGACCGGAAGUGGACCGGAGUGUGUGCUCCUGCGGUGGACCCAAAAGUGGAGGCCUUGGAGGGAGGGGAAGAUGGGAACUUGAAGGAGCAUAGGAAGGAGAAGAGAGGGUUGAUUCAGGGAAAGCCUCUUAGCAAUGCUGAGCGAAAGGCACUGGUUUUGCAAUGUGAGAGAGGCAAAACUAAUAGGCAAAUCAAUAUAGGAAGGGAUGGUUUAACUCACAACAUGCUGAAUGAUAUUCAUAAUCAUUGGAAAUUUGCUGAAGCUGUUAGAAUCAAAUGCAUGGGUGUUCCAACUAUUGACAUGCAAAAUAUUUGUACCCAGCUUGAGGACAAAACAUUUGGACAGGUCAUUUCCAGACAUGGGGGUACACUUGUAUUAUACAGAGGCAGGAAUUAUAAUCCAAAAAAGAGGCCUGUAAUUCCUCUCAUGUUGUGGAAGCCCCAUGAACCUGUGUAUCCCAGACUGAUUAAGACAACAAUUGAUGGCUUAAGUAUUGAAGAAACAAAAGAAAUGAGGAAGAGAGGACUAGCUGUUCCUGCUUUAACAAAACUCGCCAAAAAUGGUUAUUAUGCUUUUUUGGUACCAAUGGUCAGAGAUGCUUUUCUCUCCUGUGAAUUGGUUCGGAUAGAUUGCCAGGGGCUUGAGAGGAGUGAUUACAAGAAAAUAGGCUGCAAACUCAGGGACCUGGUCCCCUGUAUUCUGGUGACAUUUGAGAAUGAACAAAUUGUAGUUUGGAGGGGGGAGGAUUAUAAGCCCCUGAAGAAUAGAUGGAUUCUUAAAGAUCGAGAAUCAUUUGAUGACGAUAGUGGCUUGUACACAGGUGAAGAACAAACUGAGCAUGAUAACAGCGGCUAAUGAAACAAACCCUGCAGUCAGUCAGCUAUGAUAAUGUGAUCUUUGUAGAAAUUGCAGCCACGAAUCAGAAGCUCUUCAAGAUUGGAUUGUUGUCUUCUCUGUGUAAAUGCAGGCAGAGAGAAAAGAGUGAGAAUUGAGAGAAUAUACUGACAAGGUUGAUACUGCUAUUUGGAUAUUACAAGAUAUCUCCAAACUGUUCUUUGCCCAUGACUCAUUUUUGGCCUUAAAAAGCGGUGGAAAAAAAACUGAAAUGUGGAAUGAGUUUGAUUUAAUUUUAUACUGGCUAUAUAUAGUGCAGAACUGCAUAUUUGUAAGUUAGGAAAUUUUCACAUAUUUUAUGAUCUGCAAUUGGUGCACACGGCUUUCCUGCAUGGAUUGGGAUUGGCAUUGACAUUGUUUAGUUUUAGUCCAUUGUUUUGUCAUAAAUUCAGAAUAGACAAUUCAGAAUCAAUCCAUUGUUUUGUUGACAUUGCCAAUAAUACUUACUGGGGAAAGUGUGGCUGCAAAAUUUGGUGUUUCAUGCUGUGAGAAGAUCAUAGAUUGGAAUGGAUUUGUGGAAAAACAGUUCAAAGUCCAGUGCG